ACGCGCGGUCUCCCCGUCGACGAGCUAGCCCUCACCAUCAAGGAUGUCAUCCGGUUUACGCGGGCGAUGGAGUUUCGUUACCUCUGUGUCGACGCGCUGUGCAUUGUCCAGGACGACGACGGUGACAAGGCCGAGGAGCUGCCCCUUAUGGGCACCUUCUAUAAGCAGUCGGCCCUGACCAUCGCCGCCGUGUCC